CUGAAAUAAAAAUCAGAAAACUACUACAAUACUGAGAUGGUCAGGUGCCACAUUGAAGAUCAAGACUGAGCUGGUAUUUUCAGUCACCAAUGCCUUGUUGGAGAGUGGCAAAUAUUCCAGAUGUCCUGAUAUUCAAAAAGUGGCUUACAUUACUAGAUUGCAUGAAUUCAAAUUAGACAAAUCCAAAAAUAAAGCAAUAUUGGAAAGCAAAAAAAAACUACAGAUGCUGGAUCCUCGAAAUAAAAGCAGAAAUUAUUGAAAAUACUCAGCAUUCAGGCAGUAUCUUUGGAAAGAGAAACAUGGUUAAUGUUUCAGGUGAAUAAUGUUUCAUUUGAACAAGGAAAAGUUAGAAUCGAACAUAUGGAAAGAGCAAAGAAAAUGUUUGUGAAACCAUGGAGACCAAAUGAGAGUGAGUGACGGAAGGUGGUGCUGCUAGCUGAGCGAGGGCGGUAAAAGCUUGUUAAUGGCUGCUGAUCUAUCUGGAGGACAUGUGACAGAAAAAACAAAAAAUCUAUACUGGAACUGUGAGUUGUUAGAACAGGCAGUUGCUGGAAAUACCCUCCAGGUCAAGCGGCAUCUGCAAUGAGAGAAAAACUGAAUCACCUUCCUUCAGAAUUAGUUCUGAUACAAACUGAAAAGGCUGGUUAACUGAAAUUGUCAUUUUGCGUCUUUCAGUCUUAGUUUCCACCCUCUCGCAGGCAAUCUCUUUGUUCUCAGCACCCGCCCCGAUCUCUGCAUCUUGAAACAUGUUUGAUUUAUAGUUUUUCCAAACUCUGAUGAAAAGUCAUCGACCUAACACUUAACUCUUUUUUUGUCUCGGACAAUUUGAAUUAAGCGAUCGGAUCACGGAGGAGAAUCUUAAUACCGCGAAAGCGUAAUGAAUAGGACAUUGCUCUGAUUGAAUUGAACAAGGACUCUUUGAUUGAACGGGACCUCUGCUCCCCGGAGACCACCCUCGGCUUGCACUGUUAUGGUGCAACACUGUACCACUUUCCCUUUGUGCCUGAGAUCGGAACCUCCUCCUGGCGGGGCAGCAGCUGACAAGAGCCGGGGAAUCCGGAAGUGCGGUUCCUGCAAACAAAGUUCGAGCCGGUACACGUGAAAGUGAGAGGUCGAGGUGGCCGAGAAGUGCCGCUGAGUGGGGGCAGCGAGAAGGAGCCGUGCCAGAUCCCGACCAUGCCCAGGGCAGGGAAACAGGGACUCUCACUGUCCUGACGCUGCGCGCCGUCCAGGUCAUGGCAACGAGUUCGGUUGUUUAGCUGCAGAAAAGCUCGCUCUUUAUUUAUUCCGUGAAGCGAGCCGGCGAGGCGAUGACCAUCACACACGCCGCGGCCGAGUACGUCUUCUCGGACUUUCUCCUCAAGGAGCCGGCCGACUCCCGGCUGAAGGCGGUGAGGCUGGAGCUGGCCGUGGACAAGCUGGUGACGCUGGUGUCGGCCGGCCUGCCUCUGCUGCUCAUCUCCCUGGCCUUUGCGCAGGAAAUCUCGAUAGGUACCCAAAUUAGUUGCUUCUCUCCAAGUUCGUUCUCUUGGCGACAAGCAGCUUAUGUGGAUGCUUACUGCUGGGCCUCACUACAUCGGCCUUCCCAAAAGAAUGAUUCGGAGCGAUUACCACUGUGGCUUCAUAAGAUUUUUCCAUAUGUACUCCUGCUGGUGGCUAUUCUUAUGUAUGUUCCGGCCUUGUUCUGGAGGUUUACUGCAGCACCUCAGCUAUAUGGCGACUUGACUUUUAUCAUUGAGGAGCUUGAUAAGGCCUAUAAUCGUGGAAUCAGAUUAGCACAGCACAUUGUCAACACCAGUGGAUUAGAUGCGAACAGCUGCUUUGAAUCCUUUAGAGAACAAAGUGGUUCAAAGGAGAAGAGAGAGAAUUUUUUUCAGUUUCCAAUUGUGGAGCGUUAUUUGAAAUCAAAAGAAGACUCCUGCAGCAUGUUGACGAUGUAUCUUAUACGCAAAGGCCUCGCUCUCACUUUUCUUAUCUUUGCCUGCAUCUACUUGGGAUAUUACAUCUCUCUGACCUUCCUUCCGGACGAAUUCAAAUGUUCAGUCAAAACAGGCAUUUUGGGAAAUGAAACAAGCAUACCAGAUUUUUUUCAGUGUAAGCUUAUUUCUGUUGGAAUUUUUCAACUUCUGAGUAUUGUCAACAUUGUUGUGUAUAUCCUCCUCAUCCCAGUCACGGUGUACAGUAUGUCUUUUCCUUUAAGAAACAACCUCACUUUUCUGAAGGUCUAUGAACUUCUGCCGCAGUUUGAGGUGAUCAUGGUUACUGAAGGCUGUUGGAAUGACUUGAGCCUCUACCUUCUAUUUUUGGAAGAAAACAUCAGUGAAGUGAAAUCACAUAAGUGUCUUAAAGUAUUGGAACACAUAAGAGGGAAGGAAUUGCUGGAGCCUCCAUCAUUGACGGAUGCAAUGUUGCCUUUAAUAGCCCUGGGACAAGUCAAGUCAGAUAUGAUAGAUGGUUUGAUCAAAACCAAGAAGGCUGAGCAGAAAUCGGAGUCUGACACAGACCUGAAUGCAACACAACUGAAAGUUAUAACUAAACCAGAUUCUGUGGAUGAUGGCACCAGAUCUGCUGAUGAAGAAAGGGAUGAGUCCUCGGCUGUAAGGCAAAGACUUCUGGAAUCUCAGAUCUACAGUUCAAAUUGUUAAGAUGUAUGGACUUUGGCUGUGUGGAUUCUGUUCCAAAAGACAUACUCAUCAUUUGUUUGUGGCAGUAUUAGCAAACUAAGUAUUUAUUGGAGGUUUAUUCCAUUAUUUCUUAAUUUAAUUGUUUAAUUAACUGGGAGAGUGUUCAUUCUGAAAAUGGAUAUUUCAUUAUUUUUGUAUUUCACACAUUUUUAUAAGUUUGUAAUAUCAAUGUUUUAGUAAGAAUAUUGAGGAAGCUCAAAAGAGAAUGCAAAUUGACACACCUGGUUAAAGUUAAUCAGGAAAUUGUCUGAGUUGAAUUCAGUUCUCAAUGUGGCAUUUAAAAAUGUUUUGAAUUUUUACUGACACGAAUGAAGUUAUUUCAUCUCUAAUUAGUUUAUGAGAAUACUGGAUAGAUGAUGAGCCUUUGGCUUAAAAGUAGAAUUCCUACCACAAGUAAAGAAGGUGAAUAGUUGAACCACCAUUCUUGGAAGAUUCUGUGAGAUGAAACUGUAUGGAAUUUGAACUCUUUCCUUGUAAAUAGCUCAAGAAUCUCCCAUAUAAGACUUGAAUGGGUAAGCUACAACAGAGGAACUACAUUGUUAAUGAUGUAGUAAAACAAACUUUUUUUAUAUUGGUCAGAUAUAGAUGCUGUAUAACAUAACUUGCAUACUGGGAGGAUUUUGGCAAAAUCUCUCUCAUUUACAGGUAUAUGAAAAUUUUCAUGUCUAGUCAUGAGGUAAAACUUCAUUGUAACACCUCCAAGAUCUUUACACAGUUGUUCAGUCACAGUCACCACUUCCCCUGUGCAAAUUGUUGUUACUUUUGAGAUUUUGCAUGCACACAUUGCCCAGACUUUUAUUCGCACUCUGUUUACUGGACUAUUCAUUCAUUGAUCAUUGUGAAUAGCAGGAAAAUAACUGCUGGUUACCACAGAAUGAAAUACCAAUCUUGUCAGUAAGUUCUGGUUGGAGUGGGAUUUCCUCAUGUUUUUUUUCCAUGAGAUUCUAUUCCAUAAAUUGUCUACUUUUCUUGUGUGGACAGGUUUCAUAAUCAGUGUUAGGAACCAAUUUAAUAACGAUUUACAAAGCAGCUGGCUAAAUAAGGACUUUCCCACUGACAGACUUACACAGAUUGGGAUAACAAGAAACUGGAAAAUGCUGGAUUAUAGCAGGAAGUCAGCACUUGAAGAAAGGAGGUUCUGAAAUUUUAGGUGCAUUAUACAUCACACAUCUCUGUUUCACCAGUGUUCCUGUUUUUAUAAAUUCAGAUUUGCAGUUUUUCCUUUAUUUUUCAAACUUUAGGGAUUAUUAUUAUGGAAUUUUCAAGAAUGUUUACUGCAGAAUUUAGGAAAAAAUGUGCCAGUGGUUUUCUAUUAAAAUGAUUUAAAAUUCUGCCAGCAUUUUUUCCAGCUUUGUAUUUAUUCUUUGUCAUGAGAUUGUAACCUUCAAUUGUAACAAUACUUCAUACUACAAAAAACAUGCACAGCUGCUCUAAUUUAUUAAGAGUUCUAAGAUAAUAUAUGCCUUUAACUUUGGAACAGAGGUAUAGAUAUGAAAAUAUCAGCUAUUUUUUAACUAUUUUAAAAUGUACCAAUCUGCUUAAAACAUGCUCGAAUUCUUAUUUUGCAAGAACAUUAGUGUUCUAUUCAGCCCGUUAUUUCUGUUCUCACAUUCAACCAAAACAUUACUUAGUUGUACAUCAUUUCACUUCCCUGUUGUUAUUCUGUAUCUUUUG